GCCUAAAACCUCCACAGCCAUGAUGAGCCUGCUCGUGUGUUUGUGUUGUGUGCUGCUGGACCUCAUGACAGUCCACAGCCGUGUGCUCAUGCAGGGCCGUAUAGUCGGUGGUCACACUGCUGUGCCAAACUCCAUCAAGUACAUUGUGUCACUGCAGAGCACCAGGGGCCAACACUUUUGUGGUGGAUCACUGGUUCACAGGUACUGGGUGCUGACCGCAGCGCACUGUAACAUUGGGGCAGAGCACAUGAUGAUAGUGGCCGGCGACUACAUUGUAAAUACCUUUGAGGGUACUGAGCAGUACGCUAAACCCCACAGGCUGGUCACCCAUCCCCUCUACAACAGGAGCACCAACAAUGCUGACAUCAUGCUCAUUAAGUUGCGGGCCCCCAUGGUGCUGAACAGGUACGUGUCACUGGCGCCUCUCCCCAGGCAGGGGACAGGAGUGGUCGAAGGUUUGGUGUGUCGGGUGUCCGGGUGGGGCUACAACAAUCUGGGUGGAGGCCAGGCCCCCUUCACCCUGAGGACGGUCACAGUGCCCAUUGUUUCAACUGCAAGAUGUAACAGCAGCGAGUCCUUCAAUGGAAAUGUCACAGCAAACAUGAUCUGUGCUGGCUACAGGACUGGAGGAAAAGAUGCAUGCAAGGGAGACUCUGGUGGGCCACUGGUGUGUCGUGGCUAUGUCUACGGCGUGGUCUCAUGGGGCAACGGCUGCGGUGAUCCUAAGUUUCCGGGAGUCUACACUGCCGUGUCCAGAUUCCGCCGUUGGAUAGACCAAACCAUCUACGGGUCACACCUACGCUGUACCAGAUACUGACGAACACAAUGAUGCAUCUACGAUCAUGAAAGUAGCCAUUUAAAAAGGGGUAUGCCCUUCAAAAUAUUUGUGCCUGCAUGGAACAAAAGUGGUUCUGUGGAAAAGAGCUUCCUCUGAAGCGCAGCUCUGAUUACUCUGAUAAUUUUUUUAACACCAAUAUAAUGGUGAUGUGUCUCAUAUUCUCAAAUUAUCUUGUUGUGGCUGGGCUCUGCCUGCUGCAGUAACUGUAGGAUCCACGACAUGGAGGCACUUUAUGACCUUUCUG